UUUUCAGAGAUAUUUCGUAAAUGAUGAAUUUGCUAGCGGUAAAGGCAAUCUCGCCUUUCUUCAAAUCGAAGGAGAGGGAACUGCAAAUAGUGAUUGGAUGACCUACGGAUCAUGGAUCACAUAUGCUCGCAAAUAUAAACCCAUUUUGUUCGAACUUGAGCACAGAUACUAUGGUAAAAGCCAUCCGACUGAAGAUUUAAGUACCGAGAAUCUUGUAUAUCUAACGAGUCAGCAAGCUUUGGCCGACUUAGCGUUCUUCAUUGAAGCUAUGAACCAAAAACACAAUCUGACUCGUGAUGUAAAAUGGAUUGUUUUCGGAGGUUCUUAUGCAGGAAACUUAGCCGCCUGGGUACGCCUUAAGUACCCACAUUUGGUACAUGGGGCCAUGUCUGCAAGUGCACCACUUCUCGCAAAAUUGGAUUUUCCAGAGUUUUUUAAAGAUGUAGAAGAUUCUUUACGGGCCAACAACAAAAAAUGUUCUACUAUAUUAAAGGAAAGUGUUGACCAAGUUGAAGUUCCUUUGCAGACUGCAGUUGGCCAAAAACAUUUUAACAAACUAUUCAAUUUGUGUGAGGAUAAAUCAGAGAAGGUUCAUAAUUCAUUGAAUAUGUACAACUUAGUAACGAAAAGUGAAACACUAGAUUGGUUGUGUACACUUCUGAAAUAUAGAGGGCCUGAAAUAAAUCGUUUAGGAAAUAUUCGUAACAUAAUUUUUGGUAGGAAGUGUUACAACUAUGAUGAAAUGAUUUCGCAAAUCGAGAAUAAUGUUUGGGAGGGCCCUACAGGUUUUGGAGAUCGCCAAUGGAUAUAUCAAACAUGUACAGAAUUUGGUUAUUAUCAAACUACCGCUAAAUUUCCUCUUAGUCUCUACAUUCAAAGAUGCCAAAAUAUGUUUAAAUCCUCCUAUAAUAAAAUGUUUCUGGAUCAUGCUAUAAACAGGACCAAUGUAUUUUAUGGUGGUUUAGACAUUGAAGUAUCUAACGUUGUAUUUGUUCAUGGUUCACUGGAUCCAUGGCGUCUUUUGGGAAUUACAAAAACCUUAAAUGAUAAGGCCCCUGCUAUUCUAAUUGAAGGUGCUGGCCACUGCGACAAUAUGUUAGGAGCAUCUCAUGAUGAUAGUCCACAAUUAACGGCAGCUAGAGUCCAAAUAGGAGAACUGAUAGGUACCUGGAUUAAUUCGUAACAUAAUGAAGUCUUAAUAAUUUGACAUAAAGUUAUAUUUUAAUAUAACAUUGAAGAAAAGAAGAAAAAGUAUUAAAAUAAUGCUAUAUUAAACGUUUUUAGAUCUUAAUAAAUGUAUAUAUUACAUCAUCGUUUAUUUG